GCAAUUGCAAUGGUGGAUUGUGAUGGAUUGUGAAAUCAGAUGCAUUUCGUUCACAGGACACUAUUUGCAUCUAUUUGCACUUUUUGAUUGCAUCGUGUACGUCAUUUGCAUGCAAUCAAAGUUAAGACUUGAGAUAGUAUAAGAUGGUACAAGAUGGUAAGCAUGGAGUACAUGAUGACUGACAUUCACUUGUUCUUUGGAUGCCUGGCCCCAGCCCGCUUGCAACUUGCAUCAGCUUUGAUCUCAUCGCUCCCCUCGUGAUUCAGUCACCAUGGCCCUUCCUAUGAAGAAGUCCGUGAUGAAGAGCAUGAAGGCAAUGAAAAAGACCACCACGAUGAAGAGCAUGAAGGCAAUGAAGAAGAAGGCAGUGAGCAAGAUUGCUAAGGGAAAGUUGGCAAAGGUCGUGGUCUUCAAGGGCAACAAAGAGAAGACUGCAUCUGGGCACAAGAAAUCCGAUCUCAUGAUCAACAAGCGAAACAAGAUUGUGACCAAGAAGCAGAACGCUGCCGGCAAGAAGGCCUUCAAGCACAUCUCUGGCUGGAACACCGCAGUGAUCAAGGCUAGGAAGGAGUUGGGCAUCAAAGGCUUCUGCGCGGUGAACGGAAAGACAGCGCAGGGCAAGGCUCUCUAUGCCAAGGCCAAGGCGAUCUAUGCCCUAACAGAUGCGGUGAACAUCAAUCGCGAGCAGGAGAACUUGCAUCGCAAGUCAAGGAAUUCUGCCCGCGAGCUUGAGCAACUUUAUCAGAAUCUCCAGGAUCGCUGCACGGGGCUGCAAGAAACGGCUCGACGCUUGGAGCAAGACGUGUUUCCGGGCUUGGCCAGCAGCAUGCAGAGCCACGAGCGGCGAGCGCAAAAUCUCAAGGAGGUGGUGGCCUCCUCCGAGACUGGUCUCUCCGAAAUGGCCAAACUCUUGGAAGGGCAAGAGCGUCGCACCUUCAACUUGGGGGAGGCUCUUUCCAAUGCUGGAAAGGAGCUCCUGCACUUGACCAACCGCUUGGAGGAUUCGGGACAAAUGAUCUCAGACCAGCUCCGACAGAUGGAUGCCAUGUACCUCACCAAACCCUCCGAGGCAAGAACGAUGGGAGAGAUGUCCAACAAGGACAAUGACGCCAUUUGGAAGGCUCUCAGAGAGUUGCAGGAGUUGGUGGUCCAUGAGUCUGAACAUCGGGCAGCCGGUCUUCGAGAGGUCUUAGGAGUCCUGGGGCGAGACACGGAGCAGUUGAGAAGCGAUCUCAACCGACAUGAAACCGAGAUUGAGGGGCGUUACAAAGCGGACUCCCUGAAGAUCCGGCAGCAUAUCACUGAGUCCCAGGCCGCUGAUCCCAUGGAGACCUGCGCUCUGCAGUCCCGCAUUGCGGAAUAUGAUCAGCACACUGAGCGCCUGGAGAAACGGCUGGAUGCGUUGUCCAAUGCCUUGACUGCGGAGCGGAAUGCCCGAAUCGAGGCCUUCCUAUGGAUCGAAGAACAGGUCCGAGAAGCACACGCCGCAAUUCCAGGUCAUUUGAGUUCACCUCCGCGUUUCAUCAGCAGCCCUGCACCGGUUGUAAGGAACGACUCUCCGGAGGAGCCGGUGAUGAACCAGUCCUUGAACCGGAUCAAGGCCCUUGAAGCCCGCUAUGAUCAGCGAAAACUGGGUGGUUCCGAGGUGAUGAAUGGCAGUCCCAGGCAGCCAACUACGGCAGCGAUGGACAAGCUUCGGGGACAGCUUGAUGGCCUUCGAGCAGAGCUGAAAGGUGGAGGUGCAAUGAUUGCUCCAGGAGUUCCGCUCCUGUCACCGCGGCAACCGCAGCUGAUCCUGCGACCUGCUGAGGUGGUGAGCAUCUCGUCUCCCCGAUUGGUGCAGGCGCAGACGCAACUGCCGCUUGGCAUGAGUGAAGCGAGGCCACCACGAGUGGUGACCUACACCCCACCGCCUGUGACUGCAGCCACAGUACCACUGACCACAAAUGUCCCCGCACAGGCUUCUAGCUACACACCGUUGGUAGGAGUGGAUACCAGUCGCGAGGGCCUGGGCCCUGCGCUUAGCACUGAAGCAGAUGGCAUGGACGCCUUCCAGUCGGGACCCCUGGCAUUGCCAAGGUGGCACAGCAGAAAGCUUCAAAGAUUGAUCCGCAAGCAUGGCUUCAGAGUGUUAGGAGCCUACAACCAAACGCAUACUCUUGGGCUGACUCUGCCGCCUCGGCUUCGGAAACGCAAACGUAUCAGAAAGAACAGAUGCAAACCGAAAAGCAACAGUCAGACAUUAGAAGCCAGUGCCAUGCAUCAGUAUUCCAAUGCGUCAUGCGCACAUGCCACCCUCGCCUUUGCGGAGGGGCCAAUGCAAGAGGAUCCAGUCAGACACCAGACCUACUGGAGGGAUUGCGGUCCUUGCUUAAAAGCCAGGCACGGGCAACACGGAUGCAACACAACCUCCCUUUUGCAAUCUCUCAAGAGUUUAGUCACGCAAGCACAGCAGAGACCAUCCUUUGAUUUGUGUCAUGGUUUGUCCGAGCUUGUUGCAGAGGAAAAAACACGCAGACAAACAGGACAGGGCAAAGACGAGUAUGAGUCCCUCUGGGACGGUCAUGCGCCUGGCCGAGGGGCCAAAGAUGGCAAUGAGGAUGACAGCUGGCACGGCACUUUUGAGGAUUAUCUCGAGCAAAUCCAAAAGCAAGGAUGCUGGGCCACCUACCUUGAAUGCUUUGCCCUCUCCGCAGCCUUGUACCGAACCAUUCUAAUUCUCAAUGACUGGGGAGAAGUGUGGCACUUUGUUCAAGAAGGACACGAUGACGCCAUUUGCUUAUUCUACCAAGAGCAUAUCGGCCAUUAUGAAUUUUUGGAUGGCCCGGUCGAAGCUGAACUCCGGCAUUGGUCAGUACAACAUGCCGGGGCCAAAGGUGCCAGAGCAGCCGGAGGUAAGCAGCCAUGUCCGGUGAAGGUGUCGCCAAAGCGCCACCCUGAACUUAGCUCCAGGUGCACCAAGAUCAUUCGCAAAGCCCGCUGGUGGGCACAGUUGAGGCAGAAGUGGCCCACGGCCGUUACCGCUUGCAUUGAUGCCUGGAGACUCAACAGGGUGGAAGUCCAAGCCUUGGAAAAGCAAGCCAGGGAAAAGCAUACCAAGGGGUGGCAAGCCGUCACGCCUUUGACCAAAUGCCGAUGGUACAGAUCACUUGUUGAAGAUGGAGACGUCGAGCCCAAUCCAGGGCCCAAUGGGCAUUUGUUACAAAAGUUGCUCAUAGGUUUUUGCAAUUGUGGUGGCCACGAUGCAGCUUACCAAGCUCUCGCGGCUAUGAUCCCUUCCAAACCACAUGUCAUUGGAUUGGCUGAAAUUUGCGCAAGUCCUUGGCAAGGCAAAAAGCUAAGGGAGAGACUUGAGGCCGAUGGCUACAGAACUUGGCUGGCUUGCACACUGCCCAAAAUCAGUGCAAGGGGGCACUCGUACUGUGUAGGAGGAAUCAUAGUUGCCAUCAGACAGGAGGUGAAAGGCCAUGCCGUGGAACAGUUCCUCCACGAGGAUGGCGAAAGCAAUCAUGUUGAUUUGGAAAGCUUUGUGGUCAGCAUUGGCUGGAGAAGGCCCAGCACUGAUAAUGCCGGGAAUUGGAUGGAAGACAUCGCCCAAUCCUGUUUGCAUGCCACGGCUCGCGAAGUGCCAUGGCUAGGAAUUGCUGACUGGAAUUUGACGCCUGACCAGAAUCCUUUAGCUGCUGGCGGUGCCGGCCUGUGUGCAGUUCGUGACCAUCGCUCUGAGCUGACCCCCAGCCGUUGGAACUCGACUCGAUGUAUUGAUUAUGCCGUUUCAAAUUUAUCCAACAUCAAUGACUUGCAGGCAUCGUUUGCCCCUGAUCGGGUUAGUGACCACAAAAUUUUGUACUUUCGUGGCAAGCUCAAAGUGUCCACUGAAGUAGGAAGAUUAUUGCAGCCCACGCAGGAUUGCUCUAAGCCGCCUGGAGUUUCACAAGCUGAAUGGAGGAAAGCUCUUGAAGAAGAAUGGGAAGCUGUUAUUCCCCCGCUUGCACUUGCGGGAGGAGCAGAUGAGGAAUGGCAGUCUUUCAACAGGGCCGCCGAGCGCUGUGCACUUCGAGCUCGGGCAAGGUUCCAGCAUCCACUCAACCGUGGUACCAUUUAUAGGCCCAAAGGCUCGCAGCCGCAGCUCAUGAAAGUUGGAUCGCAUGUCAAAUUCAAACAGGCCGAAGGUACCUUCAGACAAAGGUCUUUAGCUAAGUUUGUCGGCCGCCUGACAGAAGCUAUCAAACAGCAACCGCGAGUUGACCAGAAACUCCUAGUUGCUCUGAAUCGCACAUGGCCAGAACAAAUUCCGCACGAUGUGUCGUGGGACAAUGCGCUCGCCACCGCACAGAAGCUCCUGGCGACAGAAAAGGGCCGUCUCCGAGCCCAAACAAUAAGCAAAUGGAGGCGCAGAAUUUUGCAAAACGACAGAUAUGUUACACAAUGGCUGAAGCAACAAGUCUUUGUCCUCCCUCCUGCCUUGCUAGCUGAAGCAACAGGCCCCGGAGAAGAACGGGCUGCCACCAACAGCCCCAACGAUGCUUUGGAAGCCAUGAGUACUUUUUGGAAACGCAUUUGGAAUAGAGACGCCUUGCCUGAAGAAUUGCAACGCCUCAGGUCUCAACAGCUCUCCCGUCUUCCAGGCGCUCCAAUGCCUGGAUCCUGGCAACUUACUGCAGAGGAAUUGCUACAAGCAGCCCGCAAAAAGACUACAGAAAGUUGCGGGCCAGAUGGCUGGUCCGCUGCUGAAGUUUGCCAUUGGCCAAUAGCCGCUUGGCGCAUUUUGCUACUUCUGUGGGAGCGUUGGAUUGCUGCAAAUCAAUUUCCAGAAGUUUGGAGACACAGCAGACAAGUCAUGCUCCCAAAAGCCGAAGGCCCUUUCGGCCAAGUGCGCGUUGAAGAUAUGAGGUGGCAUUCUGGCAUUCUCAUGUCUUUGGACCAAGCCAAAUGUUUCGAUCACGUCAUCCCAGAACUUGCAGUAGGACUCCUACCACACGCUGGCAUGCAUCCAGAAUGGAUACGGCAUUUGCAGUGGACUUGGUCCGAUCAACAUCGGUGGAUGCAGUUUGGCAGGCAUACUGCUAAUUCCCUUGAAAGGGUCAGCACUUCCAUUCCACAAGGGUGCGCCAUGGCACCUAUUGCCUUAGUUGUUCUCAUGCUUGAAGCCACUUGCGCUGUGCAAACUUUGCAGCUUGGUCCUGAAGUUUUGACGCAGAGUGUUUAUGUUGAUGACAGAGCCAUUGCGUGUUCCAGCCCUCAGCUGGCAGUGCUUGCGCUGCAAACAUGGCAACACUGGAGCCAGAGGCUGGGUCUCCGGGAAAACUUACACAAAAUGCAAAUCGUUUGCAAGUCCGUGCAGAAGCGUGCUGCCAUGAUUGCUUCCGGCAUUGAUCCUCAGAUUUUUGUGGAAUCCACUCGGGUUCUCGGCGUUGAUUUUUGCUCCCAGCGUGAAGCUUUGCCUCCCACUGCACAGAAACGAGUGGAUACGGCAUGGAAGAUUCUUCCCCGGCUUACACUCCUUCGGGUUGGGCAAGCAUUCAAAGAGCUUUUGUAUCGAACUAGAUGUGCGAAGCCGCAUCUUGCUCGAUGGCAACCUGAGGGGCUGAGUGUUUUUCCUGGCAUUGCUGUCCUCGAGGCAAUGGAAGACCCCAACAAUCAGGAAGCGGCACUUGUAGGCAUUGCAGCCAAUGCAGGUAAAGCAGCACGGGCAUGGGCAGUGGAUGUCCUCGGCGAUUGUUGCAAAAUAGGUGGGGCAACCGGUGCAGAUGAUUCAGACAUGGAAGCGAAUUCGACCAAAAGGCCAAAUAAAGCUAUGAGUGCAGAGCCCAAGGCUGCAGCUAAGCUAGAUCAUAACACCAGCCGAGACUGA